AUGAGAAAAUCACUAGGACAAUGUUUGCAGAAAUCAUCGUUUCUAAGUUAAAGACAAACAAAUCCAGAUCUCACUUAAGAAAAGAAAUUAGGUGUUAGAUUUGCAACCUAAUAUUAAUUGACUAUUCCUGAUAUAGUGACAAAUGAUCCGAAUCAAUUAGAAUUGGUUAGGAUAAAGGAGAAAUACAAGUGGAAAUGUGAGGAGCUAGAUAGAACAAAGUAAGUGAUGGAAGAGGAACAUAAAUCAAUAGAAGAAAGGGCGAAUAAACUAAGCAAAGGGGAGAAGGAAAUACGCAUUUUGGCAUCCCAAAUAAAGGAUAAACUCAAUGUUUUAGGAGAAUAAGAAUAGAAUUUCAGGGAGAAGGUUUAGUUACAGGAAGAGAAAAUGAAGGAGAGGGAAUAAUAAUUAUAGAUUAGCAUGAAGCAAUUAGAGGAUUAGUAAAACACAUUAGAAUUAGAAAAAAAUAAAUUGAAGAUUAGAGAGAAAUGUUUGCAGGAGAAGGAGUUUAUUAUAGAUCAAAAUUUAAGAGAAGCCGAAUAAUAUGUUGAUAAACUAAAAUAUCAAUUAUAAAAUGUGAAUUAAAAGGAGAAUUAUUAUCAUUAAUAAAUAGAUAAACUGAAUUCUGGAUUACAGACUAUUAUAUAGCAUGAAUUAUCAAUAAAAAAUAUUGAAUUCAAUUUGAGCAAAUAGGUUCAGCAAUUAAGAGAAGUAGAACAAAGUUUAAUAGAAUAAAUACAGAAUUGUAGAUAAUAAGAGGAAGUAUUUGAUUAAAGAGACUUAAAUAUACAAGUAAGUGAAUAACUGAUCAAUCGAAAAUUGGAGUGGGAUAACAAACAAAUACAAUCGGCCAAAAUAUCCAAGCUUAAUACUGAGAAUUCAAGAAUGGAGAUAUCAAACUUUGUUCACUCUGCUUUUUCACAAAAAUUCUGA